AGAAAUGAAACGGGAUUAGUCCACGUGGUAAAAUCAGAAUGAUUCUUUUAAAGAUCAUCCAACACAUCAAGACCGUUGAUUUAUUCCCGCAUCAAAAAAGCGUUCAAUACUACUUACUAUUCUCAGUUUCUCACUUGCUCUCUCUGUUAUAUAUAAAGAGAGACGACGAGUCCACAUUUACUAAUUAAUCUCCUUGGACGUGUAACGCCGUUAAAUCGAUUCUUUCCCACUGCCAUCCUCCGGUUUCUCCGUUUCGCUUUUUCGUCGUCAUCUCCACCGUCCAUUUAUAUUUUUUUCAAUGGCGACGUAUCAUCAGAAGCAAGAAGAAGUUGGAGUUAAAGAUCAAACUCUUAGUAGAGCCGUUGGAGUUCGAAACGUCGAGACUUCAAGACCUUUCCAAGUAAAUCCUACAGUGAGUCUCGAACCCAAGCCGGAGCCAGUGAUGCAGAUGCAAGCUCCGUUGUCUUUAGCUCCACCGUCGUCGACUGGACCCCCAUUGAAGAGAGCUUCGACUAAAGACCGUCACACUAAGGUCGAAGGGAGAGGGAGAAGGAUACGGAUGCCUGCCACGUGUGCGGCUAGGAUAUUUCAACUGACACGAGAGUUAGGUCACAAGUCCGACGGGGAGACGAUUCGGUGGUUGUUGGAGAACGCAGAGCCGGCGAUUAUAGCCGCCACGGGUACGGGAACGGUUCCCGCUAUAGCUAUGUCGGUUAACGGAACCCUAAAAAUCCCGACGACGACGAACGCUGAUUCCGAUUUGGGUGACAACCCGAUGAAGAAGAAACGUAAACGACCUUCUAACAGUGAGUAUAUUGACAUAAACGACGCCGUUUCAGCUUCCUCCGGGUCCCCUCUUUCCGGUCGGUCAUAUGUAGUAAUAGCCUAA